AUGGGUCAGAAGCGGGUGCUGGGAUUCACCGAAGCUGACGCAGCGCACACGAUCGUCGAGGCCCUGAGUCUGCCCCUGGAACCAGACGAGUUCAUGGUGGCGGUGGACUGCAUAUACAAGGAGAUGGCCCCCAGCGCCCAGUUUAUGCCCGUUGAGCACGAAUGGGCCAAUUAUGGUGCCGAAAGGCUUGUGCGUCACCUACACGAGCAUGCUGUGCCCAUGGCCAUUGCGACCGGUUCUGCUGCGCCCUUGUUCGACCUGAAAUUGACGCGACACCAUGAUGUGCUGGCUUUGUUCCAUCACGUUGUCUGCGCGGGUGAGAACCCCGAAGUUAAGCGUGGCAAACCACACCCAGAUAUAUUCCUCGUCGCGGCGUCUAGGUUCGACGGGAAACCACCAUCGGAGAAGGUUCUGGUGUUUGAAGACGCGGUCAACGGCGUGACGGCUGCCCUGGCUGCCGGAAUGCAGGUUGUCAUGGUUCCCGAUCCUCGCAUCGACGAAGAGCACCGGCGUAAGGCCACUACUUGCGUGACCUCGCUGCUUGAGUUCAAGCCCGAGCUAUUUGGUCUCCCAGCUUUCUACACUCCUGCACAGGACCCGAAGAAACUUAAGCCAACUUCCAGUGGACCGUCGUUGCUGCAUCACUCCCUGACCGGUGCAGGCCUUCCGACUUGA